AUGUGCGUGGAACCAGACUCCAAUGCCCACGGUGUUCUCCUUCUGAACUCCAAUGCACAAGAUGUUACUCUGUCUCCAAACCCAUCUUUAACUUUCCGCACUAUUGGAGGGAUCCUGGACUUCUAUCUCUUCAUGGGACCAACUCCUGAGAAUGUGGUUCAGCAAUACACUGAGGCCAUUGGACGCCCACACAUGCCAGCCUACUGGUCUCUGGGAUUCCAGCUGUCCCGCUGGGGCUACAACAGCCUGGAUGUUCUCAAGGAAACCGUCGACCGCAUGAAGCACUAUGACAUCCCAUAUGAUGUCCAACAUUAUGAUAUUGACUACAUGGAACGGCGCCUGGACUUUACCUACGAUAAAGUGAAUUUUGCUGGUCUGCCAGAGUUCAUGAAGGAGAUGAAGAAGAAUGGAAAGCACAAUGUUGUGAUUCUGGACCCUUUCAUAACCAAGGAUGAGGAGCCAGGCACUUACAGACCUUAUGAACUCGGCCAGGAAAUGGGAGUGUGGAUCAACAACUCUGACGGUGUGACUCCUGCUGUUGGGAAGGCUUGGCCUCCUGGAGAUUCUGUGUUUCCUGACUACACCAACCCCAGGACAGUGGAAUGGUGGACCCAGUUGUGUCUGGAGUUUAAGGAUGUCCUUGACUACGAUGGGAUCUGGAUUGAUAUGAAUGAACCAUCCAAUUUCAUGAGAGGCCAGUAUCCUGGAUGUGCUGAUAAUGAAAUCAAUAACCCUCCUUACACUCCUAGCAUCUCUGAUCGUUCCCUGGCGGAAAAGACACUGUGUCCUGACUCCAAGACUUACCUCGGAGACCAUUACAACACACACUCUCUCUUUGGCUGGUCACAGACAGAACCAACUUUCAAUGCUGUCCAGCAGGCAACUGGGAAGAGGGCGUUUGUCUUGAGCAGGUCCACGUUUGUUGGCAGUGGGAAGCACGGUGCUCACUGGCUCGGGGACAACUUCUCUCAGUGGAAGGACCUGCGCCGCUCCGUCAUUGGAAUCCUGGAAUUCAACCUCUUUGGCAUUCCCUACAUUGGUGCUGAUAUCUGUGGGUUUAACUACAACACUACCUAUGAACUCUGCCUGCGCUGGAUGCAGCUUGGCUCUUUCUAUCCAUUUUCCAGAAAUCACAAUGCAGAGGGAAACAGCGAACAAGACCCAGCCGUGUUUGGAGAUGCUUUUGCCAAGAUAUCUCGUGCCACUCUUCGGAUCAGAUACUCCCUGCUGCCGUACUUGUACACCUUGUUCUACGAGUCUCACGUCCAUGGAGGCACGGUGGUGCGGUCACUGAUGCACGAAUUUACCUCUGAUCAGGAGACUCAUGGAAUAGAUACUGCCUUCCUUUGGGGACCUGCCUUUAUGAUUGCUCCUGUUCUUGAAGAGGGAGCAAGAUCUGUGACAGUAUACUUCCCUGAAGCACAGUGGUUCGACUACUAUACCGGCCUUAAAGUGCCAAGUGCCUGGAAGAAGAACUAUGCUACUGUGUCUGCCCCCCUGAAUAAGAUCCCUCUGUACAUCCGUGGAGGGCACAUUCUGCCACAGCAGGCACCAGCCACCACCACUACUGAGAGCCGCCUGAACCCAUUUGGACUCAUUAUUGCCCUGGAUGAACAAGGACAAGCUUCUGGAUCUCUCUUCUGGGAUGAUGGUGAUUCCAUUGACACUAUUGAAAAAGAGAAUUACUUCUUGGCUAAAUACACAUUCAGCAAAGGAAGCCUGAAGACAGAAAUAGUUAAAAAUGGCUACCGUGGAGCUGACACUCUGAAGUACAACAAAAUCACCAUUCUUGGCCUGAAACUGAGACCUCAAGCUGUGUCUCUGAAUGGAAGAUCCAUCCGUGGAGAUGCUGUGUCUUAUGAGAUGAGUGGGAAACUGGUUUUGCGGAUUUCUGCUCCACUUACUCAGGAACUCAACAUUAAGUUUUACUAGAAUGGCCAGAACACACUGACUUAAUUUAGCAUCCUUGGCCCUCAGCUAUUGAUCUCACUUUAAUUUUAAUGUAAAAUAAAGGAAAAAUUAGUCAUAAAAACAUUGUCUGUGAACCUGAUGACUGAUCUUUUCUUAUGUAGUAUUUAUAACUUAGUAUUUCUCAAAUAAAAUUUUCAGUAGUAGUUAAUGAGUAUUAACAUUAACUGAUGUAUGUUCAAAAUAGCAUAGAAGAAAUCAUCCUGAAAAUUCUGUCUCACCACAGAUGGAGAUAUUUGGAAA